GGAGAGGGGCGCAGGGCCAUGGCGGCCCAGAGGAGCCCGGGCGAGGAAGGGCCGGAGCGGGGCAAGGAGGAGGCCUCCUCCCGGGCGAGGCGCCUGGCCGUGCCCCGGCCGCCCUCCAUCCAGGACUUCGCCAUCCUGAAGCCCAUCAGCCGCGGCGCCUUCGGGAAGGUCUACCUGGGGCGCAAAAGGGGGAAGCUCUACGCCGUCAAGGUGGUAAAAAAAGCUGAUCUUAUCAAUAAGAAUAUGGUCCACCAAGUACAGGCAGAGAGAGAUGCCCUGGCCCUUAGUAAAAGUCCUUUCAUUGUGCACUUAUACUACUCCCUUCAGUCUGCAAAUAAUGUCUAUUUGGUGAGUAAACUCUUUGUACUUGUGGUGGGCAUCCUCUGA